UUUCUAUUGAUGUUAUUUUACAGGCAGAGUAAAAGCACGGUUUAGUAAAUUUAAUGUAAAGCAACAUGGUUGUUGUUCAUAAUCUUUUCUCGUGUUUUUUUGUGCGAUCACAGAGUCAGUUGUUUUCUCACAAUGCUUUUGUAAUUCCGCUUUAUCGUAACCUUACAUUAAGUUCAUCAGGCAAGUCUUUUAGUUUAAUUCAUGUUGUUUGUGUUCGAUCCAUAUUCAAUAUGAAUAUUGUGCCAUUAUAAAUGUUUUAUAUAUAAAAUAUAUAGUAUGUGGAAAAUAUCAUUAUGUAAAAAAGAAGAGACGAUUAAAAGAAGAGAGACGGUCUAGAUUGGAUGUCCGUUUAGAGGUAGGCCUGUGGACAUGUUUGUUCCCUCUGUUCAUACCCCUACUUGCCCCUGCCCCCAACUUUGUUAAGUGUGUACCAUAGAAAUAAUAGAUAUCUAUUAUUUCUAUGGUACUGACGUAAUGUUAUGUCUUACCAAAACAUGUGCACAUAAAUGUCAGAUACGAGACAAAUUGCACACAUAGCUAGGCAGCAUAGGAUGUCAUAGAGGACAUUCCGCUUCAUAAAUAAACUUUUAAGUGAGAAAGACCAAAUUGUGUGCAAAGUGCCAACAUAUAGUGUGCACACGACUUAAUUUUCAAGAUAUGAUCACAAUGUAUAUGGCACAUGUUCUGUGUGCAAUGCAAAAUUAGCAGUCCCCCCCCCAACCCCUGUAUACUUUAAAGAGGACCCAAGCUUCAAAUAAAUUUCUGAUCCCAGACGAGACCUAACAUUGUUCACACAUCACAUCCAACAAUUUUUAAAUAACGUUUUUUAUUAUAUAAACAUAAGUGUUAUAUAGAGUUUUUGGCCACUGAGAAAAAUCGUAUUUAAACACACGUAAAAAAUACAAUAUUUUUUACGUGUGAAAAUAUCAUUUGUUAUAAAACGCAUUGCCACGGACGUUAUAUUGUUUUUCACUGAAUUUUGUUUAUAUAAUAAACAGAAAAAUACAUGGGUGCUUGGAAAUACCCGAUUUAUUUCUCGUGUUGAACAUGAUAUCUCAUUCGUUUGCUAGCUGUGCUCACUCGUGAGAUAUCACGUUCAACACGAGAAAUAAAUCUGGUAUUUCCGCACAUGUAUUAUUCUCUAUAUAUUCUCAGAUUCUGCUAGCCUUAAAGGCCAUUUUUAAUAUUGAGCAUAGAUUUUGAAAAUCUAUGAUUUUUCCAAAAUAUUUUAAAAAAUAAAGUUGCAUGCAAUCCUCUUUCCCAAAUCUAACCCUAAUCUAUAUGUUUCUAGAAAAUGGAUCCUGAAGAUAGACCCACAGGAUGUUUGCUAUGUCCUAAGCAUGGAGACAUAUCUAUUAACUACAAGGUAGCAAUCUCCAUCUCAUUUACCCACUGAAAGAUAUCCAGUCUGUUCGAUCUGGUACUAUAGGAAUGACUAUUCUGUAGUCAAUUCAUUGAUGCUUAGAAUAGAAACUAUUAAUCACCCAAUUUUGGUAACAAAUAGCAAGACCCUGACCAAAUCUAAACUUCUAAAUUUUUUUAGAAUGUGAGAUUAUUGUCUCAAUUUGUAUCUCCGCACACAGGCAGAAUAUACAGCAAGGUGGCAACAGGUAAAGGCUUAGAUAUGUACAGUUAGUAAUGUUAAUUUUAUUAUAAUGCAAUGUAACAAGUUUUUAUCUUUUCUAGGCUUAUGUCAAUUAAAGCAGAAUGAAAUAAAAAGGGCAAUUCGACGAGCCAGAUCAUUAGGUAUAGUAGCUAGAUAGCCUAGAUUGCAGUUAUAGAUUUGUGGCUUGCUGCUCAUGAAUGCUGAUCCUAAUCCUUACCCGGGCCAACUGUUGACAAUCCAGGGUUGCAACUUGACUGUACAUACUUGGGGAGUGUGAGUUGUUGACAGAACUUUUCUAUCCUUUCCUCAGAUGACUUCAAUUUCUUUGCCUAAAAAACAGUCGAACACUAGGCAAAAUUUGCCUGAGUAUCAUACCAUUUUUAAACUGGGGGGUGUAACCCCCCCCCCAACAGUUGCACCUCUGCAUGAAUCUAUAUUCAGAUCAGCAUCUGCAGGUUUUUUUGUGAAUAUACAAUUUUCCUUUCUUUUUUCAAGGUUAUAUGCCAUACACAAUGAAAUAUCUGGCCUUUCAUCAAGACCCAAGAUUAUUCUAAGACAUUGUUCUCCUCACCUCCAAAACCUGCUGUGGAUUUGCAGCAUUUGAUUGCCUUAAUCAUAACAAAUUGUAACAACUAGAGUACUUCAUUUUACUUUUUCAUUGUAUCAAUGAAGUUCCUGAGCUGUAGUUGCAAUGUCACAGUAUUGUGUGUUGCAAUGUCACAGUAUUGUGUGUUGCAAACCCUUACCAGGUUUAAUUCACAUUUCAGUGUGUGAAAUUUAACAUUAACCUAUCCGAAAAAAAUCAUGUUUGUAUAUUCAUUCAGAUACUAAUAUCUUAAUAUUGUGGUGAUUUUCUUUGAUGAUCAUAAGACCUGUGGCCAUCCUCAUUUGCAUAGUUUGUUCGCUCUGGUCUUGUAUGAUUAACAGAUGUUUCUGCAGAGUUUGUUUCUUGUGUCGUGUGUGUAUAAAUAUGUUUUGCAACAACCACAUGUUUUGUUGCUUCUUGUGAGCUUUCAUCCUCAGUCUCCAAAUCUUCAAAAGACAUCAGAUCUUGUUCACUUUUGUCAUCCAACAGGAUAAGAUCAUCUGGUGGAAAGUGAAAAUCGACAAUAUUGUUUAAGAUACUGGACAUGUUAAAGAGAAUAACACAUAAUAGUAAAAAAACUAUAAUGGUCAUACACAUUGUUUCCAAUUGUAUUUUGUAUGAAUAUUUACCUUCAGAUGUUGUAUCUUCUGGUUUUAAUCUUUUCUCCUGCAUUGCCUUCUCCAGUUGAUGUUUAAGAAUCUCAAUAUUAUCUGAAAGACCUAUCAGCUGUGAUUCGCUUUUAUGAACAGCUUCCUUCAAACCCUACAACAUCAUAUUUUCUGUGAGGUACAGGGUUUCAGGAACAUUAUAUGGCUGAUGAGAAUCAAUUUCUCUCUUCAUGAACAAGGCAGCAAACGAGAUGACUUCACAACUUUACCUUCAAUUUCCCUAACAUGUUUUUAUACAUUGAACGAGCAUGUUUCACUUGCUGUAACUGCCCUACAUUAUCCAGGAAUUCAUCACUAAAAACAA